AUGUCAGCUACCGGAAAGGUUGUUCGAAGUGGUGCUAAUGCAGUACGCCAGGUGGUCCCACUGCAUUCAGUUAACAAAGGUCAAGCUCGUCGUGCUGUGCUUCAGGUGUACAAAGAUCUGGUGCUUUUUGAGUUUGCAUACUAUCCUUCUAGGCAACGCAUGACUCCAAAGUUCUGGUGGGAUUUCGGAUUACAUGACAUGCCACUCGGUGUACUUCGUUCUAGUCUCAAGCAACAGUUCAUGAAGAAUGCUCAUAUCGACGACAUUCGUAUUGUUGAUCGGCUCGUUGCAGAAACAAAGCAGGCGAAUCUUCGGGUGCAAACUUAUGUGUUCUUAAUAUUACACUACUUUGGUAUGUGGUGUUUGUGCUGUGGUGACAGCAUUGGCCUGAAUUACUCAAGUUCACUAAUGUCAUUGAGGCCAUGGCAGCCACUGUUAACCAGGUGCUGGGUAGUAGCUCAGCGAUAUGCAUCAACUUCACAAGUGACACCCAAUGCCUCGUCACUUGACAGUGAAGAGGUUCGGACGUUCUCGCAGCUCUCGCCAGAGUGGCAUGAUGAGAACGGGCCUUUCAAAGCACUUCACUCUCUCAAUAAGCUACGAGUUCCAUGGAUCCUUGGCAAUAUCAAAGAGAAAAAAGCAUCGGUUGUUGACAUCGGAUGCGGUGGAGGUCUACUUUCAGUGCCUCUGGCUCGUGCUGGCUUGAACGUUACUGGAAUUGAUGCUACUGAGGACGCGGUGAUUGCUGCUCGCUCUGCGCUUGAGUCAAAGCUCUUGAAGAUUUCCGGCGUAUCUGACCGCAUCGUAUAUCAUUGUGGAACAGUGGAGGAGUUCUCUAGGGACCAUGAAAGGGGCAGAUAUAUAUGUGUAUAUCUACGUAUACAUCCUAUGUAUAUGCACGCAUUCAAGAGGACACGAACGAUAGGCAAGCAAUUUGAUGCUGUUGUUGCUUCGGAAAUAGUGGAGCAUGUCGCUGAUCUUGAUUCGUUCAUCGAGGGUUGCGCUCGGUUGGCGAAGCCGGGUGCACCGUUGCUUUUCACAACAAUUAACAAGACCCUGGCUAGUCGCAUCCUGGCAAUCUGGCUAGCGGAGGAUGUGCUGAAGAUUGUCCCACAAGGAGUUCACCAUUGGGAGAAAUUCGUAGAACCCGGAACUCUUUCAUCAAUACUUGAACGUAAUGGAUGCAGCCUCAGGUCGGUUUUUGGCUUCACUUACAAUCCGCUGAAGAUGGAUGAGGAAUACGACGCAAUCGUUCUCGGAACGGGACUCAAGGAGUGUAUCAUCUCCGGGAUGCUCUCUGUCUCGGGCAAAAAGGUUCUCCAUAUCGACCGAAACAACUACUAUGGAGGAGAGUCGGCGUCGCUGACUCCUCUUGAGCAGCUGUACGAGAAAUUCUUGGGGCCAAAUGCGAAGCCGCCACCAGAGAUGGGUCGUGGCCGGGACUGGAACGUAGACUUGAUUCCAAAAUUUCUGAUGGCUAAUGGUUCCUUAGUUAAACUUCUUAUCCACACUGGCGUAACUCGAUACCUCGAGUUUAAGUCUGUGGAGGGAUCGUAUGUUUACAAGGGCGGAAAAGUUUACAAAGUGCCUGCUGACGAGAUGGAAGCGUUAGCCACUAGUUUGAUGGGAAUGUUUGAGAAACGUCGUUUCAAAAAGUUCCUUUGUUGGGUCCAAUCAUUUGAUAAGGUCAACAAGGAUACGUGGCAAGGACUUGAUCCCGACGUUCACACCAUGCAACAGGUUUAUGAAAAGUUCGGUCUCGACGAUAACACUGCUGAUUUCACCGGCCACGCCUUGGCGCUGUACCGGGACGAUGACUACAAGCAACAGCCAUUCGGACCAACUGUUGAGAAAAUUCGUCUUUAUUCUGACUCCUUGGCUCGCUACGGGAAGUCUCCAUACCUUUAUCCUUUGUACGGUCUUGGAGAACUACCUCAGGGCUUUGCUCGUUUAUCAGCAAUUUAUGGAGGUACCUAUAUGCUAGAUAAACCGGUAGACAACUUGAUCAUAGAAAACGGGAAGGUGGUGGGCGUCAAAUGUGGAGAGGAGACCGUCCGUGGAAAGCAGGUUUACUGUGAUCCGUCGUAUGCGAUGGAUAAGGUGAAGAAGGUAGGACAAGUUGUACGUGCUAUCUGCCUUCUGAAUCACCCGAUUCCUGGCACCAAUGAUGCUCAAUCGUGUCAAAUUAUCAUUCCGCAGAAGCAAGUUGGGAGACAUUUCGACAUUUAUAUCUCUUGCUGUUCUAAUACCAAUAUGGUUACACCGAAAGGAUGGUUUGUGGCCAUGGUGUCUACAACAGUAGAGACGAACAAUCCGGAAGCCGAGAUUCUGCCGGGGCUACAACUUCUUGGCACUAUAACUGAAAAGUUCAUCUCAGUAUCCGACGUCUACGAGCCAACAGAUAUGGGACACGAGUCGCAGAUUUUCAUUUCCAGAUCGUAUGAUCCUACAACACACUUCGAAACAACUUGCAAGGACGUGCUAGACAUUUUCCAACGAGGAACAACGCAAGAGUUCGAUUUCUCAAAGAUCACCCAUCUCAGCCUUGAGGACAACGAGUAA